AUGCACAGACAGACUACAACCGCGUCACCCACAAGAGCCCAGGAACUCUAUGCGUAUGAUUUCCACGAUGUGAGCCACCCUGAGGAGGUGCUGGGUGCCCUGAGAGGAUUCUACUCCGAAGGCCUCUUCACAGACAUCGCCCUGCAGUGCUCCUCGGGCCAGGUCCUGCGCUGCCACAAGGUGGCGCUCUGUGCACGCAGCUCAUACUUCAGGGUCAUGUUCACUGCCGACAUGAGGGAGAGGACCGACAGCCUUGUCAGGCUGCCGGUAGUGGAAGUGGAGGUCUUGUCAGCCUUGCUAGACUACAUCUACUCCUCCAGACUCACCAUAACCCAGCUGAAUGUGGAGAGCUUGCUGACGACCGCUGACCUGCUGCCGCUCGGAGCCGUGAAGAGGGCCUGCGAGGCCUUCCUGGUGCGCCUGCUGGAUGUGGACAACUGCCUUGGCAUGCUGGCGUUCUCUCAGCUCCACACAUGUCUCACCCUGGAGAAAGAAGCCCGCAGGCUGCUAGCCGCCAGGUUUCAGGAAGUGAUCAAAGAAGAAGAAUUUCUAGAACUGGAUCCUAAAAGCCUGAGGACUGUCCUAAAAGAGGAGAACCAGGAAGUGGUGGCGGAGGCAUUGGUCAGGUGGCUGGGCCGUGACCCUCUCACGCGAACGAGACGUCUCUCCUCCCUGGCACUGGAUAUUGACCCAAUGGACCUCAGCGAUGCCUUGCUGAAAAUACGUGGUUACAAUGAGCUAAAUGACUCGGACAGCCUCCUUUCCACGUUCACCCCCGCGCCCAGGUUCACCCAGGCCUCCAUGGGAUUUGAUAGGAUGAGAGCCAGCUCCAAGAUGAUCGUAAUUGGGGGUUACCGUUGGCGCCCUUUGUCGGAAAUUCAGCGCUGGGACCUCCUGAACGGGGAUUGGGUGCGGGGUAAAGACAUGCCGGAUCACUCCAAGGAGAGCUAUGCGGUGGCCUUACUGGGCUGUACCAUUUAUGUGAGCGGGGGGUACCGAACCAACACCACACAGGUGUUGGAUACAGUCUGGGAGUACAACAGCGAUUCUGACUAUUGGACUGAAGGGCAGCCCAUGUUGACUGCCAGGUACUACCACUGUUCUGUGGCCUGUUGUGGCUGUGUGUAUGUCAUGGGAGGCUACAGAGGAGCUUCAGUAAUGUCGCGGACUGAACUGUUUGAUCCACUGAAAAGGAGGUGGAUGGCAGUGGCUGAUAUGGCGCAUGGUGUAGGGAACGCCUCCGCGACAGUGUUGGGAAACAAAAUCUACGUAGCAGGUGGUAAUUAUGGCUUCAAGGGCAGCUGCAGCUACAACAAGAUCCAGAGUUACAAGGUGGACAUCGAUCAGUGGAGUAUCCUAACCACUUGCCCCCAUCCAGAGUACGGGAUGUGCCUGGUGUCUUUGAACAGCAGCCUGUACCUGGUAGGGGGCCAGACCACCCUCGCGGAUCGCUUCGACCCAGACACAGAAGAAUGGAUCCCGCUUGCUAUGAUGAAGGAGGGGAGGAUAGAGUGCGGCGCAGUGGCCAUGCUGGGCUGCGUGUACGUCACUGGGGGCUAUUCCUGCUCUAAGACCUACCUGCAGAGUGUGGAGAAAUAUGACCCUCAAACAGAUACAUGGGACAUAGUCGGAGAUCUGACAGAAGCAGCACGCUUGCAUGGCUGUAUAUGUGUUUAUAAUGACACAUAGUGUGGAAAGACUGUCAAGUCAAAGAUACUGCAUCAUCAUCUUCUCUUGGAUUGUAGUGUCAACAGGGUAAACUGGUUGAACAGCUCCCAGUAGGCAGUGAUGUACCACCUGGUUUGAGUUUUAUUAGUUCAAAUCAGGAGAGACUAUAUUUAAGAGUGAAAACAGUUGAUGAGCAUAGUGCAUAAUAGGUUGAUAUGUUAAAGUCUUUAGUAAAUAGACUCUAUCUCAAUGUUAAAUAUUAGGGGUAUAGAGGCCAUGGAUAUAUAGGAAUAUCCCCCCUAUGGAGUCUAGACACUGGUCGAGGUGACGAAGGGGUAAAGGAAGCCUGAAGAUCUGGAUGGAUGUUAUGUAGAACGGGGCUUCUGAUGGAGGAACCCUGGGUACUGAGAAUGAUGAGAACUGGAGGUGAGCGUUGCAUCCAUUUAGUUUGAAAUCACAACUACCAGCAGCAGAGAGGAGAGCGGAUUUAAAGUUUGAAUGGAAACGCGAGAGGUCACUGAGAUCGUGGGUUUAAAUGAAAUUGGGAACGCACAGAGUCAGGAGAGAGAGAGAGAGAGAGAAAAUAUAUGAAGCAUAGAAGUCUUCCUAAAUAAAGUUAUGCUAAGCUUCAUUAGUACAGUACGUAUGUGGUUUUCCCCAGGGUCUGUCUCCUGAACUGCGCCCCCCCUCCCUUCCAAAUUAGCAGAGAAAACAGGAAAAUAAACUGGAAAGGGAAUGUUCAAUUAUCAUGUACAUUUUAUUAUU